AUGGCGUGCCCUUUCAACACAUCACGGGUUACGUUUAUGGAAACGACGGCGGAAGAUGAAGCACAAGCAGGAACCAACAAAGUGGCCCUUGGACAAGGAGUUACCUAUGGACAAUAUUUGCAGCUACACAAGUUAUUGGACUGUCAGAAGUUGCAGUCAGAAGAGCAAGGACAUCGAGUUGAUGAUGAACAUCUUUUCAUUAUUAUCCAUCAAUGCUAUGAACUUUGGUUUAAGCAGAUCAUCUACGAUAUCGAUACCGUACGUGUCCUACUCAACAACACAAUUGUGGAUGAAACGAAAACUCUUCGAAUCGUUUCUGGGCUCGAUCGAACUGUACGGAUUCUUAAGUUACUAGUGGAUCAGAUCACUAUUCUCGACACUAUGAGCCCUCUCGACUUCGUUGACUUCAGAAAGUACCUUACACCUGCCUCAGGAUUUCAGUCGCUACAGUUCAGACUUCUGGAAAACAAAAUGGGAGUGCGCUGUGAUCGACGAAUCAAAUACAAUGCUCAACACUACAAAAACGUCUUCCUGGAUGAAAAAGACGUGAAAGCUGUCGAACAGAGCGAGACGGAACCAUCCCUCUUGAAGCUCGUGCAGAACUGGCUGGAGAGGACUCCUGGUAUGGAGCGAGCGUCAAUUGACGGUGAAGAAGAGGAGGGUUUCUGGCCCAAAUAUGAACGAGCUGUGAAACGGUACCUGAACGAUCUGUAUGAGGAAGCAAUGAACGAAUCUCUCCCACAGAACGUCCAUGACCAAUUAUUGGCCGAGUAUCAUAAGACGAGAGAUUCAUUUGCUACAAUUCUGGAUCCAAAGCAGCACGCACAACAAAUCCUCCACGGCACUCGUCUACUCUCGCAUGAUGCCAUGAAGGGAGCGUUAAUGAUUUAUUUCUACCGUGACAUGCCACGAUUCUCACAGCCUUACCAAAUUCUCACCUACCUCAUGGACAUCGAUAGUUUAUUUACAAAAUGGCGAUACAAUCAUGUAAUUUUGGUCCAGCGUAUGUUGGGAAGCAAGCAAGGAACCGGUGGUAGCUCUGGCUAUAUGUACUUGAGGAGUACUGUAAGUGACAAAUACAAAGUGUUUCUGGACUUAUUCAACCUAUCGACAUGGCUUAUACCUCGUGAAUAUAUUCCAUCACUGUCGCCACGAAUGGUGAAAACACUCUCGGAACAUUCAAACCUCAGUGCAUCGAUGAUAUCGUCAGAAAGUGAAUAA